AUGAGAGCUGCAGAUGUUCUCUGUGCACAGCUGGGUUGUGGGAGUGCUGUGGCUGUAGUGGAGGUGGACUGGUUUGGGGAGGGGAGUGGCCACAUCUGGGCUGAUGUGUUUGAUUGUCAGGGAAACGAGACACACCUAUCACAAUGUGACAUCUCAUCAUGGAGUCGAGCUGCAUGCUCUCAUAAACACGAUGCUGGAGUCAUCUGUAAUGGAUCAUCCGUGGCGUUUCAUGAAGGGCGAGUGCGGUUGUCUGGAGGGAGCGAGUGUCAGGGGGAGGUGGAGAUUUAUUUCAGGCAGGACUGGAGGAGAGUUCUCCUGGACUCGUGGAGUCUGUCUGAGGCGUCUGUGCUCUGCAGACAGCUGGGUUGUGGCUCCGUGCUGAACUACCGCUCCUCUCCAUCCACCACUGAACACAAACACAUGUGUGUAACGGGUUUCAGCUGCUCUGGGAGUGAAGCUCAUCUGGGGAACUGCAGCAGUGCACAACCUGUCAACUGCAGCUCCGGGGAACAGCUGUACAUCACCUGCUCAGACCCCAGCUCCAUCAGGCUGGUUGGUUCUGGGGGAGACUGUGCAGGAAGGCUGGAGGUUUUCCACAGCGGCUCGUGGGGGACAGUGUGUGAUGACUCGUGGGAUAUUGAGGAUGCGCAGGUGGUGUGCAGACAGCUGCAGUGUGGAGUGGCCCUCAGUACCCACAUACCAGCCUGGUUUGGUCCUGGAACUGGGUCCAUAUGGCUGAAUGAGGUGGAGUGUGAGGGGAACGAGACGUCCCUGUGGAACUGCAGAUUUCAGCUGUGUGAAGAGGGUGAAUGUGGACACCAGGAGGACGUAGGAGUCGUGUGCUCAGAGUGUAAAGAGAUCCGACUCACGGAGGGCUGUGAAGGGAAUCUGGAAGUGUUCUACAAUGGAACCUGGGACAGUGUGAGGUUGGUGAAUGGUGGAAGUCGCUGUGCUGGGAGAGUGGAGGUUCUUCAGGAAGGACAGUGGGGAACAGUGUGUGGUGAUGACUGGGAUUUGGACGAUGCUGCAGUGGUGUGUAGAGAGCUGCGCUGUGGGGAGCCUGUAAAUGCACCACAAUACGGUUACUUUGGACGAGGAUCAGGACCAAUCUGGAUGGUUUAUGUACACUGUACUGGAUCAGAGUCGACACUGAAGAACUGUGAAUCAUUUGGGAGGGGGGAUUACUGUGGUCAUGGUCGUGAUGCUGGAGUCACCUGCUCAGGUCAGAAUUCGAGACUCACUGCUGGUCCUCACCGGUGCUCUGGGAGAGUGGAGGUGUUUCUUGGAGGUUCCUGGUCCACAGUGUGUGAUGCUGACUUUGACCAGCAGGAUGCAGAGGUUGUGUGUCGAGAGCUGGGCUGUGGGAUUCCUGUGGAGGUUCUGGGAUCAGCUGCUUUUGGCCGAGGGGAGGGUCAGGUGUGGACAGAGGAGCUUCAGUGUAGAGGAUCCGAAUCUGAGAUUUACUUCUGUCCAACAUCAUCUUCACUCAAACACUCAACCUGCUCCCAUUACAACGAUGUGGGAUUAAUAUGUUCUGGUGAAGUAUCAUGAUUUACCUUCUGUUUAAAUAGAGAACACAUACCUGUCAAUCAAACUUUAAGCUGUCUGUUAAUUUUCCUCUUUCACUGAGCUCUCGGCUGUUUGUUCAGGUCACACAGGGGCGCGGCUGGUGAACGGACCGGACUCCUGUUCUGGUCGAGU